AUGCCACGCUACCUGGGAAUCGACUUCCUUGCGGAUGUAAAUACAGCAUUUGUUCUAAUCUUCAUACAAACAACCACCCUUAUCUGAAUCUGUCGGUAAACCUACAGAUAUUUAAAUAUCAAUUUCUAUUGCAUGGUUCUGUUGUUUUCUUUUGCAGGCAUUACGACAGCGCAAAAACAUGCUUUCCCAGAUGCUUCUCACAAUACCGAGCCAUUUGGAGUAUGUAGAUACGUACACCCAUAAUGGAACAGCUACUGAUAGGACACGACUUAUUCCUCGACUGAAGGGUAAAGAAGAGAUGUUUAAUAAUUCUUAUGAAGCUAUUUUAAGCGCUUCUUGGGUUUGUUUCAAUCUAUUUAAAAUUUUGCCUGAUUUUCCAUUAAUUAUAAGCUAUUCAUACACAGAUAUGAUUCCCUUCAAGUUGUCAAGUAGACAACCCAUUGACUACCUGGUACAGAUCACAGAAAUCUCAGGCGACAUCCAGCGGCCUGUGGCCUACAGCUCAGAGAAGACUGGGAAAGACAUUGUCCCAAGCUCCAACCCAGACUCCCCUUUGGUAUCCUUUGAUAUGUGGUCUGAUCUUGAAGAGGAAAUCGUGGAUCAGGUCAUCAGCUCAUUAGCACCAGACAAAGAACAGUUUACACCAAUCGAUGAAAAGUCUGACGGUAAAUUUGAAUUGUUUGAUCGUUGCAAGCGACAACAUUAAAGCCUUAAAACUGAACAUAAGGGCAAAAGUGUACGAGAAUUCUAGUGAAAGUACAGAUCAAUAAAGAACAAGGUAAAGUGGCAAAUGGGUUGUAAACUGGUGAUCUCCGCGUAAUAAGUCAAGUUACAAAAAUUCCUUUGUCCCAUACCAAUAUCUAUCAUUAUCUCAUAGAUGACUCUAUGAAACUAGAAGAAGUGGAAUUCACAGACAACAUCUAUUCCAUUCGCCAGAAGAUUCCUGACAUUAACGUCCUAGCUUCAAGGUUGAAAACCAAACUUGUUCAAGACCCUCUUUUGCUGGACAGCCAUGGUAAUCCCUUAGAAGAGAAGAGCCUUUUGAGGUUAGUAGUUUGAUUUUCCAACAGCAACGUCUUUUAGCUAAUAAUGUUUUAUACAAUAUGUAUGACGCGCGUUUAACUAGCCCCCGAAAGUCUCCAAUUUCAUCUGGUAACGUCUGCAUGAGGUCACUAGACGCUGUUGGUGCAAUUUCUAGUUUGGUCGAGAAAUCAUCACACACUAUUUUUUAUGAAUUUUAACUACCCAUAUAUCCCUUUUUUUCCUGUAAACUCACAGAUCGGAAAUUCAGGCGUCUUUCAGGGGAAAAAAUGCCAAAGGACAAGGACAGGAGGACAAGGAAAUGUUUUCAAAGAUACAUUGUGGUGACAAUGUGAAUGAGGUAUGGAAAGCUUGUAAAAGUGGAGCACACAAAAGACACUAAACAUUACAGAGAAAUCCUAAGCAAAUUUUUAACUCAGGGAAUGAGGUGAGAGGUUCUGUCAAGAUGGUUCAGUAGCUGUGGUAUUGUUGCGCUGUUAACAUACCGCCUGAAUGUCUUUUCACAUAGAAUGAGGAUGAAAUCGAAGACGUUUUCAGUCCAGAAAUCACAUCAAAAGAUGCAUUCUGCGUGAAAGAGACACUCAGAUUGCUUGAUCUACAUGAAAAGAACGAGCUUGUAGGUAAGUUUGGUCCUUUUUUCCAUUGCUUUAUUGUUAAAAAAUUUGGGAAAUUGAAUCAUACUUCUGGCCGGGUUCCCACUUGUUUGCCAUUCAGUUCCUCUUGUACCGUUAAAAAUGACCUUCGGCUCGUGAUUAGACGGUUACAGCUCUAUUGUAUGCACUGGUUUGUCCACGGGGAGAACAUGUGUGUAGCAUGCAAGCAAGCCUCUAACGUUUGUUCAUGAUACUUGCAUUUUAGGGGAGAAACCUGAGCUGCUGUUACAGCAACCCACUCACACAGGUGUUGAAACUCUCACAGGUUCUGAGGAGAGCAGAGAAUUAAAGACAAAUGAUUUUGUGAAAUUAAAUGAAGGUAAUUUCCAGUUAGUAAGUAGGAGAGUUUACUAAUAUACAGAUGAAUACGUUGACUUGUUUUGCUUGUUUUUCUGAUCAAACAUUAGCAUCAUAUUUUCAGAAGUCUUGUUUCAUCAAACUUACGUUAACCAAUGCACCCGUUAGUGAAGCACAUUUUCUCCAAUAAACCAUUCUCUCUCGAAUCAUUUUUGAGUGAAGUGUUGUGGCAAAAUACCGGCAGUAUGCGUCGGAGUUACUGAAUCAACCAGCAAGAAAAUUAAAAAGAUACAAUAUUGUCAGUACUCCUUUUUGUAUCAAUUCCAAAGCUUAUAGAGUUAGGGUGAAAACAAUUAUUCCAUCAUGAGUUUAUCUAGAAUUAUAUCUUCUUUGUGCAAUGAUAUUAAAAACUUUCAAUAUUUAGGAGAUCAAACCAACGCUUGCGUUGUCUUGGAGGAUCAGCAGUUACUGGAAUCUCCAUCUCAUCUACCAACUGUCGCGGAGAAUCACAGCAGCAAGAAGUUUAUUAGUAGUUUGCAACCUUUUAAAUUAUCUACUGAGAUAACUAGGUACGCUCCAAGAGAUAAGAUUUUUCUUUGAAUCUGUAGCGAAUCCUCGCAUUAAUAACUUCAUAUCUUCCCUUAGAUCGUUCCUAGCAUCAAUAUGCAUUUUCUUAACGGAAUGCCAGAAUCUUAUCAUCUCGUCUAAACCGGAAAAGAAAUCAUCUGUAUCGGUGGGGAGCGAUGACGAGAAAAAUAAUCUGAGACGUCGGUUUCGCAAUAGAAUCUCAGACAGAAGGAGAACUACUCCCAAAAUUCUUAAAACUAGUUAGUUUGUGAUUAAUAUAUUACUUAAUUAACUGUUUGAAUAAUUUUCCUGAAUCUUUGAUGUCAAUUUCUUCAGCCCACCGCUGUCACCCAACAAGGUCAAGCAGUGUGUACAAAACAUAUGGGAAAAUGAAAAGUUUCUCUUCAGUGAACACUUAGCAAUGGUGCUUCCUGGUACGUAUGCUCAGAAAAUCUAUCAGGUUAGUCAACUGAAUAAUUCUGCAAGAGUGGUUUAGUUCGUGUCAGUUUACGCAUUAUGGUUUAGGAAAACAUUUUGUAGCCGACCUGUAACGUGAAGUGAUUUUCUUUAUGUGUGUGGCCUUUUGUCCUAUUUUCAGUCACCUAAAGAAUAUGGAUUACCUUACGGUUGCUCUAAGGAUCAACACAAUAUUUUAACAAGCCAAAAUUAACCUUUUAUUAAUAAACUUCCGUUUCUUUUCUUUUUUUUCUGAAUAACUUUGCACCCAAAAAAGACCUUAAUUUGUCCUUGCUGGUCACACUCACAGAACCAAAACAAGUGCUGUUUUCAAGUCAAUACCAAAAAUGAACUUUGUAAUAGAGGAUAUUGAGCAUUAUUCUCUGUUCAUUAAAUGGAAAUGAGUUUUAACAAAACGUAAAACACUAAAACACUUCGUGUUUCUUUAAGUACCAACUACUUCAUCCAGGAGGAGAAAGGAUCAUUCGACGACUUUGAUACAGGAGGCAAUGAAGAAGUUGACCCUUUCACAAGAAUUGUUGGAUGGAAAGGUGGAGUUAGGCAUACCGUGGAACCCGCUCGCUGUGUCGAUAAGACAAAUGGAGAAUUGCCAAAAAUAUGUACAGUCUGUUUCGUCGUGGAGUGAUGAAAGGCAAUCACAAAGUGAAAUAUCUCCUCACCGAAAGGAAACUCCAAGGGAAACCUUUAGUAAAAAUAACAUUUACGGUGAGAUAAAAUCUUUGCAAAGUCAUGAUUAAACUGCGGGGAAACAAUAAUUUCUGCUUGUUACUUCUUUUCUUCAUCAUUUAUUUGCCUUUUUUCCUUUGUCCAGAUGAGGUACAAGAUGGAAGUUUGUCGCGAGACUUACAGCCGUUUUCAGGGGGAAAGCCGAAGGAACAACAAUCGGGUACGUACUUACACAAUAAUAACAUUGAACGACACAGCUAUACUUUGAUCGAAAUGUCAUUUAAAUCUGAUAUCAAAGCUGAUUCUCAAAAUAGUAUUUAGGAGAAGUCAAUAAACGUCAUAGUACCUAUCGGAACGUAAAAACUUAGAUUUAUACAUCUUUUCUUUUUUUGUGUUAAGGUAAGGAUGGAGGAAAAACGCAGACAUUGACUUCAAAACACGAUAUCCAUGACACUUCGACCACACUUUCGACUUCAUCAGAUACCACAAAGAGAUUCAAUUCACGUUCGUCAAACACCAGCAAGUUUGUGACAGAAAUUGGAGAUACCUCGGGAGAGACAGACGAACGAGAAUCACACUUCACGAAACGCAAAAUGCUUCCGGCAUUUAAUCAAUUUUGUGGUGGCAUUGAUGAUUUCUUUUUACUUAGAGAAGGUCAUAAGAAUUCCUCAAAGUCACCCAGUUCUGGCCAAUGUGCGCCAACAAGUAAGAAUGGACUACCUCACUCUUUAAUCUAUCCUUUUGGGCUUAUUGACCGUUUUUUUUUUAUUAAAAUCAAAAUAGUUGCUUAACUUUGGGAAAUUACAUUCAACAUCCUUAAAAAAAAAAAGAAAACAGUAAGUUAAGGAAUCAAAGUUAAAAGAGAAAUACAUCAUGUGUCAGUUUGAAAAGGGUGGCAAUGCCUAUGCCGAGGAGUGUCUUGGACAUGUAACACAUCACCAAAUUGUUAUAAUUUUCAAAAAUACACAAAAAACUUAAAACUCCUCAUUUUAAUACAAAGCAUUUGAGUCCGAUAAAAUUUCACAAAUUUGUUUUUCUACUUCUUGUCACGCCUGCCAUCAUGAACUCAUUGAAAUUACUGCUCUUUCUUUUCACUUAGGGACUUCUCCUGAAUAUCUAUCUACGUUAUCAUUUGAUCAGGAAAUCCAGUAACAGUUUCUUUUUCUCUCUUUUAGAAAAAGUCGUAAAAGCGGUGAAAGUGCGUCCAUCGGUGUUCACAACAGAGCAGACAGGAUUUGACUCUGGUGUAACGCAAGACCUAACAGGCCAUGAGUGUCAUGCCCAGCAACAUAGUAACUAUCACCUACUGCAGCGUGACAUACUUGUUGAAUUGUCAGACGACUUCCAAGAAAUUUUAGACGAGUUGAUCGGGCAUGUAAAGCCUCUUUUAUCUAAGCUUCAGAGAGCUGGAGUUGUGCCACAGACUAAGACGCUUUCGAACUUAAAUCCAGAGUAUACAAGAUUCGUUUUGAAGCAAACUCAAAUGUCCCUUAAUGAAGGAGAGCACAAAAGUGAAAUUUAUGGCAUGUCUAUAUGCCUGCAUGGGCUGGUGUCUUCUGUUGAUAUUCUUAUGCAUAGUGGUUUGGAAGCUGCAAUAGGUGAGAUUGACAAUUUCUGUGACAUUUUCACAGCUUGUAUAACUAGUUUCUUCGCACAUUUACCUAACUUUUUACAAAGAACAUGAUAUGAAAAGCGCUAUAGACUAAACAUACAAAUUCAAAUUCAAAUUUAAAUGAGGCUAUUGACAGUUCUGCCCGUUAAACUAGGAAAUUUGGGUGAUACAUUAGCGGAAAAUGGAACUAAAAACAGGGUUUCGAAGGGUUUAUGUUUAUUAAAACAGUGAUAUGUUUUCUUUACUUUUUUCCAGCUUACUUCAGCUCAAUAAAUGAAAAGUAUAGCAGUUUAAUAGGGGGAGCUCUGGAAUCAACGCGGAGAUACCUCUUCGAAACACGUUUCGCGUUUGAACAGCAGAAAAUAAUUCACCCAAAGCUUUCAAAGCUGCUAACCAUCGUAGCAAAGUGGAGUAAAGAUCAAGAAGCCUGCAGCGCAAACGCUGCUAUCAUCGUUUACACUUUCCACGAAAAGUUAACCAAAGAAAUUACAGAGACAUUGUCAGGUUUACACGGAGUUCAGACCAGGUUAUUUAACAAGGACACAGAAAUCAAUGCUUUGCAGGAAGAAAAUGGACAACUGGUAAUCUAUGUUGUGAAUGGCUUAGCAGCAAGCGAGGAUUUCCCGUGGGCAAGUUUUGACUUUGUGCUGGACUACAACCUGAGUGGAACAGUAACAAGGGUGGAACUUUCUCGCAGCCCAAGACUUAAAUCUCAUGUAAUCUUGAAAACGAUUUCAAAAGUUUCAAUGGGAAAUCAUUUAAGUGAGGCCGAAGGUUAGAACCUGAAUUUCACUUUUAAAGGAGUUGUUGAUGUUGUGAUACAAUCAAAGUUAGGUCCAGACCAAUUGAUUUUCAUUUUGUUUCUCCUAUUUUAAUGUAGUUUUGUAGGAAAUAUUGCUACAAAAUACGCAGCAUACAAAUGAUGCAAAUAUACAAUAUCAUCAUAUUUUCCACUGAGGCAUGUUCGAUAUCAACCUUGAAAAGGAGGAAUUUAUAAGCUUAUUAGAAAUGUACGUAUAUACAUGUAAGCUAUCGAGGAUGAGUUUCAUGACAAGUUUUGUUGGUUAAUAUCGAAUCCUCAAGGCUGCUUUGGAGUUGAUCCUGGUUUCUGUAGCAUGAAGCAGCCAGGAUUAUUGCUAUCGUCAAAAGUAACUCCCAGCUAUGUAUUAACUUUUCUUGUGAGCUGGCUGAUCCCUUGUGUCCCCCCGUGGGUAUUGAGUGUCCGUUUGAGUGUGAAGUGUCUUACCGAAGGAUACAACAUGUUGGCUGGAACUUGGGUUUGGACUUCUCCACCAAGACCCCAACGCCCUAACAGUUAGUUUGCUGAGAAGCUCCUUGCAGUGAAAGUUGUCAAUUCUGCUACCAUCUCCUUAAGACAUUUUCUCUUUUCCGCUUUUCCUUUAAUGAACUUUCCUUAUUUAUGCCAAGUCUCAUAUCUAACUCAAGCUGUAAACUAUGUGUAUGCAUCAAAGGAUAACGACAUUUAUUAUGUGCUGAAUGCCAGUCUCAUAACCAGUGUAAAGGACCUCACGUGAUUCUCUAUCAUUUCUCUCUCAGACAUUAGUGACGCCAGCUUGUUAAGCGACCAAGAUCAGUACAUUUUCAUCGGCAGUGAAAAAUUUACACAUAAUAAAGAUCUCCUGCAUCUCCUCGAAACUUGCCACAAUGUCAUGAUCUAUGAAAGACGAAGAAGUAAGACAAAGUCUGACGAUUCUCUGAACAAAGUGCUUCUACAGCCAGACGUGAUGAUUGACGAGAGAACCUGCAUUCAUCUCCAGCAUUUGUCCUCUCUAACAGAUGAGAACGAAUAUAAAGGAUUGAGAGAUGUGGUGCUGUCACUGUCCCUUAAAUGCCACAAGUGUCAUAUUAUCAUGUAUUCUAACAAACAGCCAGAGUACGUAUCCAAAACAAAAAUAAUAUUUUGGUGAUGACCCUGCAAGAUGUAUCCGGUAGAUUUUGGGAUAAGGUUAGGGUUAUUCAGUGCUAACUUAUUACAAACUCUUGUUUUUAUUCAGCCAUGCCUUUACAGGAGAAGUUCUUCGCCACUUAUCCCUUCUGUUUGCCAGCUGUGCACAUUUUCAAAAGAAUGAGUUUGAAGUGGAGAUCCUGUACUCCUUUACUAUGAAAGAAACUGCUCGUCUCAUCAGACAGAUAGGUGACAAAGCUAGGGCACAGUCUCCAGUGUGGAACAAGAUGGAAUGGCCAAAAAGGAAAUGGUUAACAAACGAAGCAAGUGCGGUGAGAUAAAUUGGCUUCACUCACUUCGUGUCUAGAAAACAUCGCAAAAUAUUUUUUGUGACAUAGAGAGAUCUGUUUAUGUCCUCAAGACUAAUUAGGUGUUGUUUUGUUUGAAGCAUGAAGAGUUCCUGGUGUCACUUCCGUGUAUGAAUUCAUUCAGGUAAUCAAAGCGAGAUAACUUGUCUAACGGUAAUGAUCUACAUAAAAAUCAAUUCAACAAAAGAUUUUGUUAUAGAUAUUAAAAAAGAAACAUUACCGUCACAACACUUAAUACUUUGAAUUUUAUGUCUGUCAGUUCACUUUAACUACAACACCCGACAAGGUGCACAGUACACUGAUUAGCGUUAAAGGUUUCCUUUAUAACUCAUUUAUUAUUUACUCAGCGCACAAGUGAUGCUAACCGCUGCCCCACUAGCUGAGCUGUUGAAAAUGUCACCUGAGGAAUUGAAAGAAACCUGUCCUUGGAUUCCGCCGAAAACUCUCUCAGUAUGCGGAAUUAAGUUUGUAUAUGAGUGUUAGUAAAGUUGUACAUACUACUGCGCUAAUAGUAUUGAAUGAGGAACUUUGAUUGAUUCAAUAUCAUCGUGUCACAACUUAUGCGAUGAUGUCACUGAGAGAGAGCUUGAGAAACUUGACUGAUCUUCAUAACCACGCCUGAGAUUUUGAUCCUCAAAUCAGUAAGAUAAUGCUGAAGCGAGCUAAAGAAGAACGCGUAAACUCAUUCAUCCUUGUGUAUCAAAUCAUUCGUUUAUCAGUUUGGACCUCCCCAUGUGAAAUUUUCUCAGGUCCUUUUGGUGACAUCCUUUAUCGUGUUUGUUUUCAAAGACUUCAACUAAUGUGAUGUGAUAAAAAAACGUAUAUUAUAGGGUCGGAUGCUUAGUAAUGUAACCUUUGCACUAUUUAUAGCUACUCCAAUGACAAUGUUAUGUACCACUUAAAAGUAUCUACUUGGCUUUCUUCUAGGAAUUUUACAAGUCUGUGAACUGGUGUUCUGAGUUAGACCCUGAUAUGCCAGUCUUUUCAAUAGCGCAGCCGUCACUUCAAACUUCCUCACAAAGCUGCUUUGCUGUAGAAUCCUCGCCACAUCAAAUGUCCUUGGCUGCCUCAGAGUCCAAUUCUACCCCUAAUAGCAUGGUUGCUACAAGAAAUGCCUUGGUGGAAUCCACUGACUACAGGCUUAAUGAUCCACCGUCACUUUGGGUAAACAUUCAACAAACGCGAGAAACCACGAGAGACCCUGUGACUGAUAGGGUUUAUCAUACUUACUCUCAAGAUAAACCAGUAACUGAUGACUGGUCUGCUGGCGCCUUUGGAGAUCGCUUGAAUUCUUUUCUCGGCGUUUCUCAAAGAGACGAGGCUGAACAUCACUGCCCUCCAUUCCCAGAUAUUCCUGAUACACAUGAUAGCAAAUGGAGACCCUUGAUAGCGAGAAAUACAUCUUCAAAGUCAUGGAAGGACAACGUUGAAUCAGAUUUGAGGCGAUGCAUCACAGAGAAAAAGGUAACCAUCAUGUCAAAAGGGAGAUAAAUAUUCCAUAUGUGUAUUAUUCCGUGCUUAGUUUUCAACCAGCUUAUUUGUUUUGCGACAAGAAGCAAAAAAUGAGAGACAUGACGAAUAGAGGGAUAUAGAGCUAGGAGGAUGAAAGGAGAGUUCUAUUAAUGAUGGAGGGAGGAGGAAGGCAAGUAAAGGUGAUGGCCUGCCUUCCAAUCAAUGGGUGUCCUUGAACUUAACCACUCAAUUUCCCCGGCCCUUUCACCCUUUGUUACAUGUUGUGUGCCAUCUCACCUGUUAUCUCUCCUUUGUCUUAAGGUACCGUACAUCAGGUAUGAUCACCAAGUAACGUCCAACUAUCCAGUUAAGAGUCAUUAUUUUUCUGAAUUUCCCGGUUCCUGUCGAUCAAGACCCGAAGAAAUAAGCCAUUUAAGGGAUGAAAAUGAAGACUACUUGACGCAUGACGAAGACAUCGACGUGACUGGUCGCUCAGCGAUGUCUUUAAACUUUCCAAUAGCAAGAGGAUCUACGACACACUCUUCGAGAGAACAGAAUGACCACUUUGACUCGUCUUGGGACAGAAACGUCUGCGGUCGAAGGUGCCAGAACCCCAGAGAUUACCGUACUCAUCAGAUACCGCAAGCACGUGUACUGGAUAAAGAUCAUUCAAGCAAACGCGUGAGGUAAGAGCAGCUAUGGUAAACAUAACGUUUAUUUUGUUUUCUGUGUGUUUCUGGCCUAAUUUUUACUUUAGACUGUGUCAACAUAGUCCUAGGCUAAACAUCUUCGGAGCAAUAACGAUUAUAUUAUGACGCGCCUUCUGUUUCAAAACAUUCUUAAAAAAGAAGAAGUAAAGAGAUUACUGUAAGUACUGGUCUAGGCUUGUGCCCUCGUAUGACUGCCAAAAUUUCUUUGCCGCAAAGACCUGGAGACGAGAUUGAAACGUAUUCAAUUGAAUGUUCGCAGGCAAGCUGUGCGAGUAUUAGACCUUGGAAACGAGGCUACCCGUGCUGUUCCAACUAAAGUGGGAAUAGCUCAGCCACAAAGGAGAGUUUAUGGCUCAUCUGAUUAUCCUCAAGUGUCUGUAUCGAGUACAUCAAGUCAAGCGCUAAGAGAAAAUACUGUCGCUAGUAAACACAAACGAGUUAGUCUAGGUAUUGAAAGAUCUACUAACUCUGCGUCAAAAGGUGCACAACAGGUA